CCCCGAGGUAGGCAGGCUGAUUCUUUCUCGCGGCCUCCUCUCCUCCGGACCCUGCCCCUUCCUUUACGCCGGCCCCGAUCUGCUCUUUUCCUUCUCCCUCCACCUAGGUCUCUGUCUGGUGCUGCUGUCCCUGCUCCUGGCCCGCAAUGGAGUCGGGGGGUUCCCAAAGACCCCAGGGCACCCCCCGCAUGGCCUGAUGGACCUGAGGAAUGAGUUCAAGAUUAGCCUGAGGCUUGCCCGCAAGCUGCUGUCUGAAAUCCGGAGCCUGGCCCGCCUCUUUGCAGACACACACCUGGCUGGGGUUUCCCUGGAUUUCCUUCCCCUGGGCGAACAGUUCCCCAACGUCACUGUCGACUUCAAGACCUGGCUGGGACUCUCGGCUUCAAGUCGGCUCCACUCACUUUCCGGAACGCUGAGUCACUUCCAGUCCAAGCUGAGGGAUCUGAAAGUGCCCGAGAGGGGACGGGGGGGGCCCUUCAGGAGGCGGCUCCGGGUGGCCGACCUGGACCUAAGAGACCUGCAGAGGCACCUCCACUUCCAGAUGAGGAUGAUGGGACCCGAGUCUCCCGUGGAGAAGGACGAUGAGGAGAAGGGACUUUUGAGAAGGUUGCGUCCCACCCCGCCCCCGCCCAAGAGCUCCUGGCUCCGGAUGAUCCAGACCUACCAACUCCUGCAUUCCCUGGAGCUGGUCUUGGCCCGGGGCGUCCGGGACCUCCUGCUGCUCUCUUGGGGCCACAAACCCCCAGGGACAUGACCCUCUAAUGAUAGGGGAUGGGACCUCCGCGGGCUCCUUCCCCUUUCUCUUGGGGGGAAAAGACCCCCACCUCGGGAGGCCGGUCGUCUUGCCUUUCUCCUCCUUUGUGGGGGACGGCGUAGAUUCCCUAUAAAUGGACAGUUCCCCAAAGAGCUGGAAAGAGACUAAUAGGAGGCAGAGGCCUAUCUGCUAGUCCCCGUUCCUGCUUCCAAUCUCCACCGUGCCUAUAUCCUCAUCCUCGUUUGACUCUCCCAGUUCUAUCCCCACCCCGUGGACCUUUCCCAUCCUCCUCUCCCACCUUCCCCACACCAGCCUCCCCGUCUCUCUCCGUUCUCUCCUUCCCGCUCCCUAAUUCGGCCUCUCCCUCCUCUUCCCCUCCGCCCACACAGCCAAACGCACAGCCAACCCCCACCCUCCCUUUUGGUCUCUGCCACCUCUCACCCUGUAUUUAAAAGCCCUCCCUUCCCAGUCAGGUAUUUAUUUCUCUGCUAUUUAUUUCAUUUUUAGGAAAUGAUUUAUUUAUUCAAUUUUAUACAACA